CAAACAAAUAAUAAGAUGAGUAAUAAUAAUAUGGUCGAUGGUUUGAGUGCACAAGUGAUGAGUGAGAAGUACAUUGAUGCUAUACUAGGUACAAUCUAUGGCAAUGCGCUUGGUGAUGCCUAUGGAUUAGCAACAGAGUUUAUGAAUCGUCAACAGAUACAACAGAAGUAUCCUGAUCAACAACAACUCAUACCCUUCCCAGACUAUCUCGCCAAUCGUCAUAAUCACAGAUGGGACAAAGGUGAUUGGACUGACGACACUGAUCAGAUGAUUGUGUUGAUGCAGAUGUUGACUGAGAAGGAGGGAGUUGUGGAUGUGGUCAAUGCUGCAAAGAGAUUGCAUGGUUGGAUUGAGAAUGGAUUUCCAGAGCUUGGUGAUGUCUCUGGAAUGGGCUUUGGACAGACUGUGAUGGCAGUGACGACACACCCUCAGUUCAUGAAGGACCCUAUCAAGACUAGUAAAGAGGUGUGGAUCAGGAUGAACAGAUCAAUGGCCGCCAAUGGAGCAGUGAUGCGAACAUCAAUACUUGGAUGCUCAUCCACUCAUUCAAAGGAGAUAGUGCUGAGGAAUACGAUUAGAUGUGCGCAGAUCACUCAUUAUGAUCUACGUUGUAUAAUAUCAUGUACUACCAUCACCUACAUCUUGGCUGCACUGAUUAGGAUGUUCAAAGAAGACCCCGCAACAUCAAUCACUGACUCGAUCAUUGAGCAGCUGGUUCUGGAGGCCAAGCAACAGGCAAGGGAACUCGUCGACAGGUUGCUUGAGGGUGACUACAAGGGAGAGGUAACAAGAGAGUUGGUCGAUACCCAGCUGCAAGAGUACAACAACUACGUGGACAUGAGACAGUUGGACGAGAUGCAACUUGAUUGC